AUGACCGUUGUCGGACGAGAGAAGAAGUGGUGGAAGCAGGCGUCCAUCUACCAGAUCUACCCUGCUUCCUUCUGCGACUCCAACGGCGAUGGCAUCGGCGACAUCCCCGGCAUCACCUCCAAGCUGGACUACAUUGCCAGCCUCGGCGUCGACGCCAUCUGGGUGUGCCCCAUGUACGACAGCCCCCAGAUUGACAUGGGCUACGACAUUGCCAACUAUGAGGACGUCUACCGCCCGUACGGCACCGUCCAGGACAUGGAGACGCUGAUCCGCGAGACGCACGCCCGCGGCAUGCGCAUCAUGCUCGACCUUGUCAUCAACCACACCUCGGACCAGCACGCCUGGUUCAAGGAGUCACGCGCCAGCAGGGACAGCCCCAAGCGCGACUGGUACAUCUGGAAGCCCGCCAAGUACUCGGCCGCCGGCGAGCGCCUGCCGCCCAACAACUGGCGCGGCAACUUUGGCGGCGGCAGCGCCUGGGAGUGGGACGAGGCCACGCAGGAGUACUACCUGCACCUCUUCGCCACGGAGCAGCCUGACCUCAACUGGGAGAAUCCCGUCACGCGGCGCGCCAUCUACGCCUCGGCCAUGGAGUUUUGGCUCGACCGCGGCGUCGACGGCUUCCGCGUUGACACGGUCAACAUGUACAGCAAGCACCAGGACUACCCGGACGCGCCCGUCGUGGACCCCAAGACGCCGUUCCAGCCGGCGGGCUCCGUCUACUGCAACGGGCCGCGCAUGCACGAGUUCCUGUCCGAGAUGAACGCCAUCCUCAGCCGCUACGGCGCCAUCACCGUCGGCGAGCUGCCCUGCACGCCCGACAUGGCCAAGGUCGUCAAGUACGUGAGCGCCAGGGAGCGGCAGCUCGACAUGGUCUUCCAGUUCGACCUCGUCGACGUUGGCUUCGGCACGACGCACAAGUUUGAGACGACGCCGCGCAACUGGACGCUGCCCGACGUCAAGGCGGCCGUGGAGCGCACGCAGAGCAUCAUCCGCGGCACCGACGCCUGGACCACGGCGUUCAUCGAGAACCACGACCAGGCGCGCUCCGUGUCGCGCUUCACCGACGACGGCGCCGAGUUCCGCGUCGCCGGCGCCAAGCUCCUCGCGCUCAUGCAGUCGUGCCUCAGCGGCACGCAGUACGUCUACCAGGGCCAGGAGAUUGGCUGCGUCAACACCCCCAAGGCCGGCUACCCGCCGGAGAACUACCUCGACAUUGACAGCUCCCUGUACUACAGGAUGGUGCAGGAGCGCUGCGGCGCCGACAACCCGGCCGAGCUGGACCGCGCUUUUAGCGCCAUGCAGCAUCUCGCGCGCGACCACGCCCGCGUCCCCAUGGCCUGGGACGGCAAGGCCAAGCACGGCGGCUUCUCGGAGCCCGCGAUCAAGGCCGGCCAGGACGUCGCGGAGCCGUGGAUGAAGGCGCACCCGCUCGCCAGCGAGAUCAACGUGGCGUCUCAGCUCGACGACCCGAGAAGCGUGCUUGCCUUUUGGCGCCGUAUGCUGGCGUUCCGCAAGGAACACGCCGACGUCUUGGUGUAUGGCGACUACACGGGGCUGCAAGAGGACAACAAGGAGACGUUUAUGUUUCUCAAGGAGGCGCAGGGCGGCUUGCAGCGCGUUCUUGUUGUUCUCAACUUUACAAAGGAGCCGCAGACGUGGGCAAUGCCGUCGGCCGCCGAGCUUGGCCUAGAACCGCAGGACACGGUCAAGAUGACGCGCAUCUUGUCCACAUAUGAGGGCAAGGGCAAAGACCAGGCGCUGCAGCCUUUCGAGGGUCAGGUCUUUACAAUUGGCGCGUAA